CCGCCCCCGGAGGGCCCGCCCCGCCCCGCCGCACGUGACGCGGCGCGGUGGCCGCGAGCGCCGGGGCCCCCGCUCCGCUGCGCUCGGUACCGGCUGCGCUCCCGGCCCCGCCGCCCCGCCGGCACGGCAGCACUUGGCUCAGUGCCAUCAGUAGGCUUCAGGGGUAACGCCGCUGCCCGAGCUGUGGGGAGCUCCCCUCUCCCCCAGGAAGCACCAUGGGCCCCCCAGGGCCCCCCCGCACCACCUAGACGUGUCCCAAACAGACAGCACCUCUCCCUCGACCAUCCCACCCUGAGGCAGCAGGAUGGCCCAGCAGCGCCACGCCGUCCCCCCACCGCUCAAGACGGAGGAGGACUACAUCCCCUACCCCAGCGUGCACGAGGUCCUGGGCCGGGAGGGGCCGUUCCCCCUCAUCCUCCUGCCGCAGUUUGGGGGUUACUGGAUCGAGGGCACCAACCACCAGCUGAGCGGGACCCCCGAGUCCCCCCAGACCCCGGCACCCAGCACCCGGGCAAAGCUGGAGGGCAACCACACGGCCAAGAUCUACCGCAAGCACUUCUUGGGCAAGGAGCACUUCAACUACUACUCGCUGGACCCGGUGCUGGGUCACCUCGUGUUCUCCCUCAAGUAUGACGAGCAGGAGCAGCUCCACCUGCUGCUGCGCACCCGCGCCCGCACCCUGCACGACGUGGUGCCCAUCUCCUGCCUGGCUGAGUUCCCCAACGUGGUGCAGAUGGCCAAGCUGGUGUGCGAGGACAUCAACGUGGAUCGCUUCUACCCCGUGCUCUACCCCAAGGCGUCCCGCCUCAUCCUCGCCUUCGAUGAGCACGUGCUCAGCAACCACUUCAAAUUUGGGGUCAUCUACCAAAAACUGGGGCAGACCUCCGAGGAGGAGCUUUUCGGCACCACGGAGGAGAGCCCGGCCUUCGCCGAAUUCCUCGACGUUCUGGGCCAGCGGGUGCAGCUGCGGGACUUCAAGGGGUUCCGGGGGGGGCUGGACGUGACCCACGGGCAGACGGGCAGCGAGUCGGUUUAUUGUCACUUCCGCGACAAGGAGAUCAUGUUCCACGUCUCCACCAAGCUGCCCUACACUGAGGGGGACACCCAGCAGCUGCAGCGGAAGCGUCACAUCGGCAACGACAUUGUGGCCGUGGUGUUCCAGGACGAGAACACCCCAUUCGUCCCCGACAUGAUCGCCUCCAACUUCCUGCACGCCUUCGUGGUGGUGCAGCUGGAGCAGGGCAGCACCCAAGGGACCCUCUACAAGGUCUCCGUCACCGCCCGUGACGACGUGCCCUUCUUCGGCCCACCGCUGCCCGACCCCGCCGUCUUCAGGAAGGGCCCUGAGUUCCAGGAGUUCCUGCUGACCAAGCUCAUCAAUGCUGAGUACGCCUGCUACAAGGCCGAGAAGUUCGCCAAGCUGGAGGAGCGGACGCGGGCGGCGCUGCUGGAGACGCUGCACGAGGAGCUGCAGGCCCGCAGCCAGGCCAUGCUGGGGCUGGGCCCCGACGACGAGCGCCCCGACAACGGCGCCGCCGCCCCGGGCUUCUUCGAGUCCUUCAAGCGAGCGCUGCGGGGGCGCAGCCCCUCUCUGGAGGCCGUGGGGCUGGGACCCCGCCGGGUCCCCACAACGCCCCCCCCAAACGCCGCCAACGCCGCCGCCGCCAACGCCGCCGGACCCCCCGACGGUUCGCUGCUGGUGCCCGGGAGCCGGCGGGGACGCCGCGGCAGCGCCAUCGGGCUGGGCUCGGUGGAAGAGGCGCUGCUGGUGCCCGGGAAGAGCCCGUCGCGGCGGCGGCCUGGCCCGCUCGGCUCCCGCCGCUCCAGCGCCAUCGGGAUCGAGAGCAUCCAGGAGGCGCCGGCCGGCAGGGACGGCCCCGCCGCCACCCCCGAGGGCGCCUGCUCCACACACAGCUCCCCCGAGAGCCGCCGACACCCCGACAGGGCCGAGAAACCGGAGCCACCGAAUUUCUCCCGCUCGUCCUCCAGCGCCAGCAGCUUUGGCAGCGCCGAGGAGCCCGGGGAGCCGGGACGGGAGAGCCGCUCGCCCUCGGGGAGCCACCGCGACGCCUUCGCCAACACCCCCUGGCCGGAUGACCCCCCUGGUCCCCUCCCAGGCCGCCAUCCCCCGGACCCCCCUGAGAUCAAAAUCCAGCUGGAUCGGCCCCCCCAGAACCCGGGGUCAUAGUCACCCCCCAUCCCGGGGGGGUGUCACCGCUUCCCCCCCCACCACGUGCCACCCCCGUGCCAGGAGCCGAAGCCAUCGUCCCGGUGCAGGAUUUGGGGGAUAUCCCCCCCCCCAAAACAAUUGGGGCGCCCCCCCCUCCAGACAAUCUCCAUCACCC